AUGUCACCUCGCCAGGUAAAACUUCAACGCAUGGAGCCUUCGCCCUCAUACACCAUUGCUAUUCCGCUACGUGACCAGGUAUCGACCAAUUUUCGCCACGAGCUCUUCCAAUUUCACCAAAUUCUUAGAGAUGUCAUCGAGGCAAAACAUCCAGAUCAACUACAACACGUCAACCCUCAGCCGUCUACUGGGAUUUUUCGGGAUCGACGCGUACUCGAACUGCUGACAAGCGAUCGCGGUGAUGCCGUGCUGAAGGAAUUUUUUGUGCACGAUGAAAAAGAUGACGGGUCCCUGCUCUGGGAAGUGCUCGAGACUUUCUUUUCCAAUCUGCCGCUUGUGGUGUCAGAAGAUGAAGCUGCGGGUGUGAGCAAUCCGAAGGCAUUUGUCCGCUACUUUGACUCGCUCAAAUCUCUGCGUGACCUGCUGAUUGCCCUUCUAUUUAAGCGUCUGAAAGGAGAAACAAGGGAUUCUUUUGAAGACAAUAGCGACGAAGACAGUGUCGGCGGAUUGGAAUCGAGUAUUGGACUGGGCUUUGACUUGAAUUUUAACGCUGGAAAGAAGCGUUUGUCACCACGGUCUCCUCGACAACCACCUAGAACCGACAGAUCCCAAUACCGCGUUCCGCUCUACCUGUAUUGUCAGCAACUGGAAACCCAACUGGAGGAGCUACGACGACGAGUUCCACACAGAAGACCACGCAGUCCAGGAGUUGUGGCCGUGGCUCUGGAUGAUGUCGGACUCUUACAAGACAACACAGUCAUGUUGCUGCUGGACUUUUGGGGAUUACCUCACGAGGAACGUUUGGCAUUCUUCUGCCAGAUUGCAAGCCAGGCUAACGAGCACGAAGCCAGCGCCAUCCUACACGUCUUCCUUGACAACUGCACCACUCAGACGUUUAUGCAGAUCUGGGAGGCUUUACAGCAAUCGCCACAAUUCCAGAAGAUGAUCCGAGAUGGAAAGAUACAGUUGGAACCAGCAACACGGCGAGGAUCGCAGCGUGGUGUCAGGAAGCGAGGGCGACGUUCCACUCGAUUUUUUACAAUACGUGAGAGAGGACGAUUGUCUCUCUCGGAGCUUUGUGACCAUCCGGCUGAAGAGAAACAAAGUGAUCGACGCAGCUCCUUUCGUCGGAGCGAUCACAGUCGAAGGCAACUCAAGACACCAGUUGAAAGAGAAUCUGUGCCGUUGCUUGAGCUCCUUCAUGAUGACCUCACGGAGAUUAUCAAGAUGGAGAAUGGACCUGAUGUGCAUGUUAUGGAUGCAGUUUGGCAACUACUCGAGGCGCUCGACGGUCAAGGAAAGCACGCGUCUAAGAGCGGGUACCAUCGCCGUCAGGUACCGUUACCCGCACCCGCACCAAUCGUACCAGUGCAACCACCGCAACAAGUUGUCGCCCAAAACCCCCGAGGAUCGAUCCGUACACCUCUUUCCACGGAGCAACAGCUCUUGAUGAAGCUCGAUCAACUUCAAUCGAUGUUAGUGGCGCUGGGCGAUGCACGUGUUCACACGAUGAGUACCGAGACCAUCACAGGCGCCUAUCGACGCAUGCCAAUCCUGGCCAAACUGUUUGCAGCGCUCACUGACACAAGUUUAGGCGCUGCGGGGGUCGAUACAACAGCCGGUGGCAUCACGAAAGGUGGCAGUAACUACGGGACGACACAACAUCUCACUAACUCCUGGCAAGCAGGAACUUCAAGCGAGAAACCUGCUGAUUCUUUGCCAGUAAAGGAAGUAGUGCAUUCACCCAUAGCCGGCGAGAAUGUUCGCGAAGAUGUCGAGGCGAUGGGUGUGUUGCUGGUCAAACUCAGUAAGUUCGUGCGCAGCUUGGCUCCGCUGGUAGAUAACGAAGACUCAGCGCAUAGCAGCGUGAGUGCAAGCGACGACGUGUUGACCAUCAUGGAUCUGGCAACGAAACUCGAGAACGCUGGUGCAUUCACAGACGCCCCUGGAGGCAAACGUCGGAUCUCGCUAGCUGCUGACCGUGAAGUGCCCAUCAUUCUUGCAGUGCAAUCGCUUGCGCGCUCCAACAACUUCGACGUCGUAUCGCAACUCAUUUCAUCUGCCGUGAAGACUAAAAUGACGCGCGUACGACUUGCCGCAGCCGAAGCAAAAGCAAACGAUGAAGACGCAAAUGAAAAGACCCAAAGCGCUUCGAGCGAAGGUGACGGCACAUUCAUUGCCGGCAUUCGUUCAAACAAGAGCGAUAUUCCGAUGAACAUCAAGAAUACUGCAGCGUUGCGUGGAGUCAAGCUUUUUAACGUGGAUAUUCUUCUGCGCAUCGUCAAUCAGCUAUAUCGCGAUAACUAUGAGGGCAUGGUAUCGACGCUGCAAUACGGAAAUCGACGAAUGGAGUUCAGCGAGUUCAUUUACGAUUGGCACAUUCGGAAGUACGGACUCAAGACACUUGCACAGCGUCACCUGCUAAAGCUCAUUCAGUCUCUGCGUAAGCACGAGAAGAAGGCUUUCCAGUGCCAACUCUGCCUGCGGUUCAUGGGCAUUCAGAUAUCCAUUUCACCUCCUAUUUGUGCUUACUUUUGCAUGACCUCCUGUUUCCUUUGGAGUUUUCACGAACACAAAUUUGUUUUGGCAUUGCUUAGUCGAUGGUCUCUCGGGACGUUUUUGGGUGGGUCUAAGCACCGUAUCGAGAUCCCGAAGCGACAAUUUAAGAUCCGCAUCACGUUCGCAGUGUCGACUGUGCAAGAAGCGCUACGAGAACGUUUCGGAGUUUAUGCUCGUGGGAUGGAUGCUUUUGCGGAGCGUAUCCGAGCAAAGGCGUGUCCACGCGACGAUGAAUUUAUUCGUGAAAGUGAUUUGCUAACUCUAUGUGUGGAAGAGUUUGAGUCACAGCGAGCAUUACUCGAAAAGGUGCUUGGAGCAGUGUAUCAGGCGGGCGACAUCAAUGGCGACGGUAGCCUCGAGUUCGACGAGUUUGCGUCUGUGGUGACUCACUUAUCUCCGACAGUGGACGAUCGAUUCCUGCAGAAGGUAUUUGAGGCAGCGCAUGACUUUACAAAGCCACACAGGAUCUCGUUCGCGCGAUUCCUCGACGUAAUUCUGCUGGAGAGGGUGCUUAAUCCAGCUCCUCUCAGCGCGGCAGCGACGGGCAUAGCAAGAGCCAAGAACGCCGCUGCAGCAGCCGCAGCAAGCACAGCCACUCAAGACGACCAAGAAGAAGCGUAUCAGUUCGAGUUACUGCGUGAAACGUGGGCACACGAUCGUGAGGCAGUCGCUCAAGUGCUUCAAACGAGCAUCACGCACGCACCUACGGCGAAGUCACUGACCUUCCGUGUUGCUUUCCUGGACCAACUACUUGAUCGACGCGUAGACGCAAAGACGGCGUGGCUGUGUCAUCGACAGAUCAUGCGCGAGAUUGCACGGUAUCAACAUCUCGAUGCCGACCAAAUAGCCGGGUUACGUCGAAAGGAGCUGCAGUUCAAGAAGACUGUGCGUGCCAUUCAGAAUGUUCAACGACUCAGCGCACUCUUCGCAGUCAAUCCUGCGCUUCGAGAACCCAACGAAGAUGAAGCCGCAGUCGACACCUCCGAGGCCCCAAACUACACUGCGGCAGUCCAGCAAUCGCUCGAUACACAAAUGACUGGAACGCCCGACGUCGCAGACGUGGCAGCGCUGGAGAACGAACUACGCGAGACUUUUCUCGAGAGAGCAGAUGAAGGCGCGAUCGAAGAUUACAUGGCAGCAUUGCAGCACCUGCGUCGCGUGAGCACCAAGCAGCAGUCGCUGCAGCUGGACGAGCUGACACUGCCCAGGAUAGAGGAAUCCCUACCAGAAGGCAACGAAGACAGCGACACGGACGACGAUGGCGAAGACGAGAGCAAAGAAGACGAAGCUGAAUAUGACCGCGAGGAGGUCGGACCAUAA